CUUUCUAGCAGCACUUCAGGCGCGUACGCGGGGGUUCGUAACGCCAGCCACUACUGCAAGAAAAAGCCAGCAGGCGCCCGAAGAGGUGCUUUGUAUGCCUCGCCGAAGGAAAAACAUGAGCGCGGUUUCCCAGGUCAACGCGAGCAACGUCUCCCAGGCGGACUCCCUGGAGGACAGCGGCAACUGGACGGCCGUAACCCAGUUCACCCAGCCCGGAUGGCAAAUCGCGCUGUGGGCCAUCACCUACUCCCUCAUAGUCGUCGCGUCGAUCGUCGGCAACGUCACCAUCAUCUGGAUCAUCCUCGCGCACAGGAGGAUGAGGACUGCCACCAACUACUUCAUCGUGAAUUUGGCCCUUUCGGACCUGCUGAUGUCCGCGUUCAACACCAUCUUCAAUUUUAUUUACGCCAGCCACAACGUGUGGUAUUUCGGCGAGGAAUUCUGCAGGUUUCAGAACUGGUUCCCCAUUACCGCAAUGUUUGUGAGUAUUUACUCCAUGACGGCCGUUGCUGCAGAGAGGUAUGUGGCUAUAAUUCAUCCCUUCAAGCCCAGGCUUUCUGCAGGAAGCACCCGAGUCGUCAUAGGGAUCAUCUGGCUGGUGGCGUUUGGGCUCGCCUUCCCGCAGUGCUUCUACGCCGAGAUCAUGAUGGAUAACGGGACAGUCAAAUGCAUCGUCGUCUGGCCGGAUGACGUCGGGUGGUGGAAGCACCAGCUCACGUAUCACAUUGCAGUGAUCGUGUUGAUUUAUUUACUGCCUUUAAUGGUGAUGUUUGUUGCAUACAGCAUUAUAGGAGUUACUCUGUGGAGCAGCGCAGUUCCAGGCAACCACGUUGAUCGAAUCCGCUACGAACAUCAAGUUAACGCCAAAAAAAAGUUUGUGAAGACGAUGGUGGUAGUCGUGGUCAUUUUUGCUGUCUGCUGGCUGCCUUAUCACAUAUACUUCAUCCUGGGGAGCUUCAAGGAAGACAUCUAUCAGCAGAAGUACAUUCAGCAGGUUUACCUGGCCAUCUUUCUGCUGGCCAUGAGUUCGACGAUGUACAAUCCCAUCAUAUACUGCUGCCUCAACCAAAGGUUUCGUUCUGGCUUCAAAUUAGCCUUCCGGUGGUGCCCGUGCAUAAAAGCAACUGAGAGAGACAAACUUAAACUCACGUCCCCAUCCUUUUACCACACGACCCACAGAAAGUCAAAGAGAUCAAGUUUCAACACAGAAACUCAGUUCAACGAGAAGACAUCGUUUACCCUCACUCAGCUAACACUUUGAUUUUCUUCUCGAGGGUCGGGCU